AUGAAAUUGGCUGUAUGGGAUGGCCUACAAAACAUUGAACAGAACGUCCUAACUCCCACGAAAGUCGAGCCCAUCCGCAAGCUCGCCGAUGCUAGCCUUAUGAACGUCGAAGCCACCUCUUCUGUAACCCCGAAAUGGGUACCGCCAAAAGCCAAUGACGAGCAAGUGACGAAGAAAGCCAUCCACCUACAAUCGAACCAUGCGUACCCCGCAUUCCCGGUUUUAGCACCUCACCAUAAUUUUCCUAUAAAAAGCCCUUAUUAUCGAGGCAGACCAUCUUAUGAUCUUUUCCUCGGUACGAUUAGUCUCACUACAUGA